UGGCGGGGGGCGGGGCUUCGCGUCCAGACUGCUGCAGGUUGUGAAUGGCUGCCAACGUGUACCGGGGGUCUAAUGUGCUUUUUAAUUGUCACGUUUUUGUACGCCUGUAAGCCGACCUCAGACGAGGCAGCAGGCGUAGGCGAGAUCUGACGAUUUGUGCGUGGGCCCGUGAGCGUGACACGGAGUUGGAGAUGAGGACUAUUAUUCCUGCGUACGAAGGCGGUGACCGAGGGGAGUCCCGCGGCCUCCGCAGCCGGAUGAAGAAGCUGCUGUGGCUCAGGGCGAGUCCCUGCGCGGCCACGGAGCCCGGCGUGUGGCUGACCGGCUUCCAGGCGUUGGAUAAUGAUGAUGGCCGGUACGAGGAUCCGGUGCAGGAGUGGGGCGAGGAGAAGGAGGACGGGGCCGUGUUUGUGGUCACGCUGCGCAGGGAGCUUGUGCCGCCGAGCCCAGACACACCGGAGCCCCCGACGGCCUUCAGCUUCGUCCAGUACCACGCGGUGAAGGUGCGCAGGCUGAAGGCCGGCACCCUGGAGCGCCUGGUCGCCCACCUGCUGGACCCUGAGCACCAGGAACCUGACUACACCCAGAUCUUCCUCUGCACCUACAGGACCUUCACCUCCACCAGCACCCUCGUCAAGCUGCUGUUUCAGAGGGAGGAUUCAGUCGUCGACCUGGGUAACACUGUCUGCCAACGCAAUGCUCUAUUCCUGGUGAUCCAGCUGUUGCUCGAGGAACACGGCGAAGACUUCCAUGAGCCCCCUCAGUGUCAGGCCCUCCAGAUGUUGUGUGUCCACCUGCGGCAUCGCCGCUGCUUCAGACGCUUGGCUCACACUGCAGAGAACCUCCUCAAGAGUCUCAAGGAGCGAGAUUGCAGCCAGACUUUGUCGCACGGCACGUCGGGGGAGCUCGGGGAUCCAGAGGACAGCGCGGACACGUCCAUUAGGGAGGAAGACAAAUGCAACUUCAUGGACUUUGCUGUGAGAGAAGUGGCGGAGCAGCUCACCCGGUUGGACGCUGAGCUGUUUGUUAGGGUGAAGCCCUUCCACUGCUUGGGCUGCGUCUGGUCCCAACGCGACAAAAGGCAGAACAGGAACCUGGCGCCCACCGUCCGCGCCACCAUCUCCCAGUUCAACGCGGUCACCAACCGCGUCAUCACCUCAAUCCUCUGCCCGUCCUCCCCCGGCCCUUCCACUCUCUCUCCGAGCUCACCACCCGGCUCCUCCUCCUCCACCUUCCUGAGCCCCUCCGCUGCCCCGAUGUCGCCUCGCUGCGGUCACAGUAGCCCCGGCCUCAGAGCGCGCAUCGUCGAGGGCUGGAUCGCCAUUGCUCAGGAGUGCAGACAGCUGAAGAAUUUCUCCUCUCUGAGGGCCAUCCUUUCAGCCCUUCAGUCCAACUCAGUGUAUCGCCUCAAGAAGACCUGGGCUGCUGUGGGCCGGGAAAGUAUGAACACCUUCGACCACUUGAGUGAGACUUUCCCCAACGAAAACUGUGUGCUGACCAGCAGAGAGAUCCUGGUGGAGGAUGGGGCUCAUCCAGAUGGCGGCGCCACCGCGGGCUCAGAGUCCAGACCUAGCUUCAGCAGUGGUGUCGUGCCGUACCUGGGCACCUACCUGACCGUCCUCACCAUGCUGGACACCGCUCUGACUGACACCGUAGAGGGUGGACUCAUCAACUUUGAGAAGCGCAGACGGGAGUUUGAGAUUCUCUCUCAGAUUCGGCAGCUUCAGGCUUCUUCCUCCCGCUACAGCCUGCCAGUAAAUGCUCAGAUCACCACCUGGCUGCAGGCACACACACUGCUCACAGACCAGGAGAGCUAUGAGCUGUCCCGGGACCUGGAGCCUCCAGUUGACCCCUGUCCCACCUCUCCUUCCUCAUGGAGCAGUCUGCUGACCAAGAAACAUGCCACGUCGCAAACCGGCAGCAACAGCUAUCUGAGGAAAACCCAGGCGGACCAGAUGAGUGUGUCCUCUUCUGGCUCCAGCAGUUCAGAGAUGGAGGACCUCGCCGUCCCCCAGCUCUCUCCCCUCAGACUCAAACUUAAGUCUCUCUCGGGCUCACUCCGCGAUGUCGCAGAGGAUUUCUCCUCCACCUCUUCGUCCUCCUCCUCUCCCAGCCUCUCCAGCUCCUCCUGCAGCUCUUCCCAGCCGGACCUCUGCUCUUCCUCGGUGGCCUUGAGCCCAGAGUCCUCUUUGUCCGGCUGCUCCUCUCCGGCCGCGCUGCCCCUCUACAACAAACAGGGUGCUGACUCGUGUAUAAUCAGAGUCCGCGUGGAGUCCGUCAGCAAUGGAAACGUCUACAAGAGCAUUCUGCUGACCAGUCAGGACCGCACACGGCAGGUGAUCGAGAGGGCUCUUGAAAAACACAACAUGGAGGAUUCAAGCUGCCAUGAUUUCAACCUUUUCCAGAUGCUCAACAAUGGAAAAGACCUUCAGAUCCCCGACAAAGCCAACGUGUUCUAUGCCAUGUGCCCCUCCGCCGACAAUGACUUUGUGCUGCGCCGACGCUGGAGAAGCCACGGGAGUCGUCUGUGCGCCUCCUCCAGUCCCGGACACCAACCCAAGAGCCGCUACACCAAGUGACCAGGACUGGCAGAACGCGAGGAGUUAGCUGCUCGUCUGCAAACAACCUCAACAACGGCUGUUUGCAUCUACUCGUCGCCAUGACGAUUGUCUCUGCACGGCCGAUAUGGGCAACUCCGAAACGGAGACCCACGGGCUCACGAUGCUGACGGAUAAUCCUGAGGUCUGGACGGUUUAAAUGCAGGAUGAGCGAAAUGUCCAGGUACACCGGCGUGAGUCACCAAGACGAAGCUGAGAAAGACAAAAGGUCCGCCACCUUUAACGUCAACGUCUCUCAGGACAAGCAGGAUGAGGAUGGAAAGGGACUUUUUCUUCAGCCCGUGUGGCCGAAUGACUAACGAACUCCUAAAGCGCAGCGACUAAGUGGACAUUGUGCCGCCUGUAAGUUCGUGAGUCAACAUUUCAACCAAGAGCAACGUUUUAUUAUAACUUAAUGUAAUUUUCAGCUUAAAUAAAAUAAUACAUUUCAGUAUUCAGCUUAAGGGGCAUGAGGAAAAUGUGCUUUGACUUUUUGUUUGUUUUGUGUCUCCAACACUGAACUAUAAAUUGUACUUAAAUUGCUUUUUUGUCUCACAAGCAACUCAAGUUUGUAUUAUUUCUGAUGAAGACAGACAACUCUGCUGUAAAGGAGGCUGGACUGCGUUUGUGUCCAUGGAUUUGAUAGGAGUUGUAUUGUGCACGUAGAAGUGUCUCUGGCUCGUUGGGGCUGCUGGUUACUGCCGUCUGUAUUCCUUUAGCAAUUAAAUAACUGACUUUCUACAAGCAGUGCCGUGAAGGUCACUCCACCUGUUGGGCCGCGAAUGAGAUUAAUCUGAAGUGAAAAUGAAUGUCUGCGGAGGUGAAUUAAAUGUACAAUUAUCACAGCGAUGGGAAAUCCUCCCCAAAACUCCUGGAUAUCUAGCAAGUAUUUUAAGAGCCAACUGGUUUGACGUCAAAUUUUAGCGUUCCUGUUUUAAACUGAGCCAGAAAGACAUGAAGACCGUUGGUGAAUUUCUCCUUAGUUUUGGGAAGGAUUUAGCAUCUCUGAGUGCUGUUUUAAUGCUGCUGUAGUCGGUUAGUUGGGCCGAGGUUGGUAACAGACGUCUGGGAGGAGUUAACAGAGACAUCAUGUCCAUCUGACCGCUGUGCUAUUUGUAGGUUUUAAUUUUUAUUCUCUCCGGUAUGUUUGAUCUGUAAGUGAAGUUGUGAACGGUACUGUAUGCAAGUUGUAAUGGAAGCCUAAACUUUUUUUUUUUUUUUGAAACAGAUUCUCUAUUUUUAAAGUUAGAACUUGAUGUUUAUAAUUACUAUGUACGAUAAUAAAGACAAUUUAUUAUU